UUCACCAGGGCCCCUGAUGGUGGGGAUGGACUUGAAACAGUCCCAGGCCAGGUCACGACCUCCGAGCAGGCCCACCAGUGGCUGAGGAGACCUCCGGGGACGUAUGCAGGUUCCGGGAGAGCCAGAUGUGAAGAGGAUGGCGGCCCCAGCAGGGUGGUAACGGAUCGUGGGCAAUCCGGGUCAAUCACAGGGGCAGGCAGCGUAGUCAGGCAAUCCGGGUCAAUCACAGGGCAGGCAGCGUAGUCAGGGUCAAUCAGGUAAGCGUAGUCAGACAGGCCGGGUCGGUAUCGUGCGGGCAGCGUGGUACAGGAGGAGCAAGCAGAGAAUGGUCGGGGUCACAAGCCAGGUUCAGCAGGUAGCGGGCAGCGCAGUACCGAGGAUCAGGCAGAACGAU